UAACGAGUUCAAUUGAUGAACGAACGGAAACGUGUCCAAUUAGAAGGAGACGGCGGCGGUGGCGAGUGUAGUGUGGUGUCGCCCCCGCGUAUUAACGAGAUUAGCGGCGCGGGGCGCCCGCCGCCGCCGUCCUUGCCGGUCGGCGCGCGAGGUGUGGCGGCGGCGGACACCUCGCCCGCGACGAAAAAACAACGCUCGUGGCGCCGCGGCCCCGCCUGCUGCGCGCGGGGAGCCGCUCGGCGCGCCAUUGGGCGGGCGCGCGGAGGGGUGUCGGAGCCGGCGCCGCCGGCGGCCAGUCGUUUGACGCCUGCCGCGCGAGCGGGUGUCGCCACGAGAGCGAGUGACGAGCGAGCCGCCGGCCGGUUAUGGACGUUGCAUGAGCGGCCGCGACCGCUGGAGCCGACGGGACCGCUGGAGCGCGCGCCGUGGGUCCCGGGCGGCGCGGGCAUGCGCUUCGAGGGCACUGAGCGGCGUGACGCCGUCGCGUUCCACCCACUGCUGGUGCCGCGACCGAGCGACUUCUCGGUAUCGGCGCUGCUGACGGCAGGCGCGCUGCCGCCGCCGCCGUAUCUGCCGGCAGCCCUGGCCGCCGCGCUGUCCGCGCCCUGCCCGUUGCUGAAACCGCCUCCUCCGCCUUACGCGCCUCUGCCGCCGGACGACGACGGAGUCGUCGACGACCCGAAGGUGACGCUCGAGGGCAAGGACCUCUGGGAGAAGUUCCACAAGCUGGGCACCGAGAUGGUGAUCACCAAGAGUGGCAGACGUAUGUUUCCUGCCUACAAAGUUCGCGUUUCUGGUCUUGAUAAAAAAGCAAAGUACAUUUUGCUAAUGGACAUCGUAGCUGCCGACGAUUGCAGAUACAAAUUCCACAACAGCCGAUGGAUGGUCGCCGGCAAGGCGGACCCCGAGAUGCCGAAGAGGAUGUACAUCCACCCUGACUCGCCGUCAACGGGCGAGCAAUGGAUGCAGAAAGUUGUCUCCUUCCACAAGCUGAAGUUGACCAACAACAUUAGUGACAAACACGGAUUCGAGCUCAUCUAUAACCAAAGCCAACGGAUGUUGUCCAAACUGCUGUGGCCCAACCCGGCCCCUAGUGCGCCCAGAGACCCCCACUCAGAUCAUUUGUGUGUCACGCAGACGAUCCUGAACUCCAUGCACAAGUACCAGCCGCGGUUCCACCUGGUGCGAGCCAACGACAUCCUGAAGCUGCCAUACUCCACGUUCAGAACAUACGUGUUCAAGGAGACGGAAUUCAUCGCGGUCACGGCCUACCAGAAUGAAAAGAUAACGCAACUGAAGAUCGACAAUAACCCUUUCGCGAAAGGAUUUAGAGACACCGGCGCGGGAAAGAGAGAGAAAAAUCUGUCCGUGUACCGCAGGCAGGCGCUGCUGACGGCGCGCUCUGAGCCCCGAGACGAAGACGACGAGCGGCCUUUGGACGUCGGGGGCCCCUCGAGUCCGCCGGCCCCGUCCAGCACACACCACACCAGCACGUCCUGGUUCAGUUCUACCGCGGGCGACUCCGGCGCCGAAGAGAUCAACGAGGCCGGUUCGGACUCGUCCUGCUCGGGCGGCGCGCGCGCCUCCUCCCCUCCCGCGGGCCCCUCCCGGCCGUCGCCCGCGCCCGACGUGUCCCUUGGCCCCCCUGUGCAGCCCCCGUUACUCCCCUACCUGUACCCGCCGUCGCUGUACCCGCCGCCGUUCUUCCCGACGCAUCAGAUGCCGCCGGGUCUGCUGUUUAACCUGCAUCCGCUGUUGCAGCAGUACUCGCUGCCACCUCCACCUGCAUUGCCUGCGCCUCCGAUAGGGAAAAUGCACAGGUUCGCACCUUACGCUCUACCCGGCUUGGGGUCCGCGUUCGAGCAAGUCGCCCCGCGAGCCCGGAGUCUCAGCUCGUCGCCCGCGAGGCCGCGAGUCGGGUCGCCCCCCGCGCGAGCGGCCUCCGCCGACCCCCCUCCGGACGCCCCCACGGCCACCGCCACGGGCACCCCGCCGUCGGACCUAAAGAGUAUUGAAAGGAUGGUCAACGGUCUGGACGUGGAGACGCAGGACUGACUCGGAAGAGCGUUGUAAAUACCGUGUAUUUAUAUCGAUGUAGCUACGCCUGGUGCAUUAUUCGUGUCUUCGAUGAUAGCAUUAUAUUUCAGACUUUUGCUCC